GCUGCAGACAUGGAGAGGUCCAGCGGCAAACUUUUUUGUUGUAGACGGGUGUGCCACAGGGUUCCUGUGGCCCACAGAGAGGAACUGUACCACAUCCUGAAGAUGACAGGGCCUCUGCUGCUCUCUCGAAUCCUCAAUUACAUGCUUCCGUUUGUGGUUACAAUGUUCUGUGGCCGUCUGGGAAAUGACGUGAUGGCUGGCUAUGGAUUAGCUUCUGCUACAAUUAAUGUUACCACUGCAGCAACAGGAUAUGGUUUGGGACUGGCAUGUGAUACUUUGGUGUCUCAGACUUUUGGUGCUAAAAAUCUACUCCGGGUGGGCGUGAUCCUUCAGCGGGGCAUAAUCAUCCUCUUGUUGUUCUGUCUGCCUUGCUGGGGUCUCCUCAUUAAUGCUCAGGCCAUCCUAUUAUGUGUGGGCCAGGACCCUGAGGUGGCCAGAAUAGCCCAGCUGUAUAUUACUGCCUUCCUGCCUGCUGUACCAGCAAUGUUUCUACAUCAUCUUCAGGUGUCUUACCUGCAGAACCAGGGAAUAAUACUGCCACAAAUGUAUAGUGCUGCUCUGGCAAACAUUGCAAAUGUGGUGACAAACUAUAUUUUUAUUCACUGGCUGGAUCUGGGUGUUAGUGGCUCUGCAGCUGCAAAUACUCUGUCUCAGAUUUACAUCUGUACUUUUCUGUUUGCUUACAUUUGGUGGAAGAGGCUUCAUGUAACAACAUGGGGAGGCUGGUCUGUAGAAUCACUGCAGGACUGGGGCUCCUACAUGAAGCUGGCUAUUCCCAGUACAUUAAUGAAAUGCUUUGAGUGGUGGGUUUAUGAGUUUGGGGGAUUCUUUGCAGGAAUGCUGAGCGAAAAUGAGCUGGCAGCCCAGCACGCUGUCAUGAUGGUGGCUGUCAUAACAUAUAUGUUCCCUCUUGGUAUUCAAGCUGCAGCAUGUGCCCGGGUGGGUAAUGCUCUUGGUGCAGGAGACACCGGCAGAGCACUCCUAACUAGCAAGAUGUCCCUGACUCUUGCAGGUAGCAUUGCAGUUGUAGAAGGCCUUGUCCUUGGCUCCGUCAAAACAGUGAUUGGCUUCAUCUUCACGUCAGAUGAGAAGAUCAUAGGUCUGGUCUCACAGCUGAUGAAUGCUUACUGUUUCCUUCAGUUCUUUGAUGGUCUCGUGUGUGUGUGCACGGGCAUUUUCUUAGGCACAGGGAAACAGAAGAUUCCAGCUGUGGCUAAUUUCAUUGGAUACUACUGCAUAGGGCUUUCUCUAAGUAUCACGUUGACAUUCGUUGCAAAACUAAGAGUGUUGGGUUUCUGGCUUGGACUGCUUGUUUGUGUCAUUUUACAAUCUACCUUCUACAUUAUUGUCAUCUUUAAGCUGAACUGGGAGCAAAUCACUGAGGAGGCUGUGAAACGGGCUCAGAAAAAUCCUUCGUUAUUAGGAAGAGCUCCCGUGACAGGCACUGUGGAUAACAGCACCCAAGAUCAAACAUCAAGUAAUCUGAUGGAUGGCUAUAUGUCUGUGAGCACUGAGUGCCAAGAUAGGGGCACUGUGGUGCAGGAUCGAGAUGUGACACAGAAGCUGAAGGGCAGCCGCCUCUCCAUCACCCAACUGAUCCUCAGGCGAGGCCUCAUUAUGUUUGCUGCAGUUGCACUUCUUGCCGUGGGAGCAGGUGUUCACUUCCUUGUGCCUUUGCCCGAGACCAACUCUACUGUUGACUCGAUCAACACUACAUAUACUCCUGAUCAAAUUUUCUCCACCAUGUUGGUGCCAGAUGAAGAGUCAGAAUGA